UGCAGCGAGGGGGAGACGUGGACCCUCUGUGGGACACGCUGGACCGGACGCUCGCGGAUUUCCACACAAUGCUGCCGUGUUCCAACUUUCAUUUCACGCGCAGAAAGUUUCAUUGAAGCAGAAACCUUUAAGAGCACGAUCACUCCGCGUGGAUUGGAUCAUUUCCAUUUUCUUCAUUGAGAAUUCCUGCUUUCCACUGAGGCCGGCUUCGGACCCGACAUGUUGAGCGGUUUGUCUCCGGACUGGCUGAGCUCGGAGCCGUUCAUGUUUGAGGACGUGCAGAGCCUGAUGGAGAUGGACUACCCCCCCACGCCGCCGCGCUCCCCCCCCCUGAAGCCGGGCCAGGCCAAUCCGCCGUACAAGGAGGACCAGCUGGGCCUCAUGUCCAACAUCCUGCUUGAGGACCAGGACCUCCAGCUGCUCAACUGGACCUGCGACCUGUUUGGCUCCGCCGCCCGGACGCCCCAGGACGAGGCGGCCGACGACGCCCUGUGGCUCUGCAUUUCGGAGAAGCUGGACGAGAAGCUGUCGGUGCUGGGCUCCAGCCCGCUGCUGUCCGCCAUCGACACCAGCAUCUUCGAGGACCUGGUGGGCUCCACGCUGGACUGCCACGACCUGAUGGCCGCCGCGCCGGAGCAGGUGGCCUCAGAGGUCACGUCGGACUACGGCUCGGCCGGCGGAGAGACCGCCGCGUCCUCGAGCGACUCCGAAGAAGAAAUCGACGUGGAGUCGCUGGAGUCCGUGGGCUCGUCCAGCCCGUCGCCGGUCGAGCCGGCCGCCCGCCGCCUCGACCCGGAGGAGGAGCAGCGCGCCAUCCAGCUGCAGCACAACUACGCCGCGCCGUGCCCCGCCUCGCCGCCGCCGUCCGCCCACAAGCGCUGGCGAGGCGCCGACGGCUCGUCGCGGGCGCAUCACGCCACCCGCAGCUCCACCUGGCCGUCUUCCUCCUCUUCUUCCAGAAGCUCGUCGGAGGACGAGGAGGAGCGGCGGCGGACUCACAACGUGAUGGAGCGGCAGCGGCGCAACGAGCUAAAGAACUGCUUCCUGCGCCUGCGGGACAAGGUGCCGGAGCUGUCGCACAACGACAAGGCGUCUAAGGUGGUGAUCCUGAAGAAGGCGCGGGACUGCAUCUACGGCCUGGAGGUGGAGAGCCUGCGGCUGCGAGCGCGCAGGGACCGGCUGCGCGCCAAGCAGGAGGAGCUGAAGGCCCGGCUAGAGCAGCUGCGCAGAUAGUGCGGCGCCGCAGACGGAGACGCACGCGCUGCCGUCUUUUCCCCAAACCGGAGCUCGGCCUACCCGGUGAAACUCCAAUGUUUCAGGGUGACUUGGGUCCUCCGGUCGGGCCGGUUCCAGGAGGAACCCAGUGGCUGCAGAAUCAAACUCAACAUUGGUGUUAAAGCGCCGACCCGAACCGGUUCUGAACCGGUUCGGACCCGGUUUGGAACCGGGCGGCGCGUUCGCCUUUAUGACGAGAAAGACGUUUUUAUGCAGAGGUCUUCCUCAGGUUUUAUUGGGCUUCAGCAGGUUAGUUGGUUGGUCCUGAAGAUCCAGUUAAUUUAAAACUAGUUGUGUGUCAGGAAGUGUUUGGUUAAAAGCGAUGAUGUUAGCUGCAGCGCCGGCCGGGUGUUAACCACAAGCAGGAGUUUAGUUGGGUUUUGUUCCUUCCUCUACAUCAAAUGUUCACACACCUACCUCACCUGCUGCAGUUGGGUCGUUCCUUUUAUUGUACAUAUUUGUAAAAGUUUUUUUAUUGAAAAUAAAUUAUUUUGGUAGUUUGUUUUGAAUAUUUGGAGACAAAGCACCUUCUUCAAAAUGAAAAUAAAAUGAAAUGUCAGAUUUGAAAA